UGCCGAACUGCAACUGAAAGUCAUUUACCGGCGAAAAGGAAGCAUAAGGCGGGCAUGGAUCGCCGCACGUUUCGUUAUUCUAUAUGGUGUAUAUGAGUGAAGCGACAUUUUCAAAUAAAACGGAUUCUAUCAGUAUCUAGCAAAGUAGUUAUUACUGAUUUUUUGGGUUUAGCUAUGUAAUAUUAAACGUUAGCGAUACCGGAUGGAAAGUUAAAGGGUUGUCAUCCAAUUGAGAACCGUACUUAUAGCGCGUUUCGUAUUUGUAAUGAAACACUUAAAAUAAGGAUAUCUUAGUCUUUGCGUAGGACGUAUUUCGCUCCAGAAAACUUCCGUUAAAUUUCUGUUCGGUAUAUGUGUAGCUUUUUUAUAUUCAGUUAAAAGAGGCUAAUUUCAGUUAAUAUAGGCAGUGAUCUUGAGUCAAAGCGGGUGUCUUUUCUGGUCGUCAUGUUACGACACGGUUUGCAGGUGACUAGAGUAUUUUGCCAAACCGUGCUGCACACCGUUUCCGCUCGUCCCCUCAGGAGCGCCAUCCUGCGGCUGAUCCCCAGAACAGCCCUGCUUCCUUGGCUCAGCUCUCGCGCUGUGUCGGUGUCGGAAUGGCCAUUGCUCUCCUCUCCACCCCGUGACUACAGCCUCCCCAACCCUUCCUGGAGCACGGAGAUGCGGAGGCUGUAUGAGUAUUACGACAGCCUUUGCGAGAAGGAGAUGGAGGGUGGUGAAAAGAAGCCAGGAGGAUGGGGGAGACUUCCCAGCUAUAAUCGCACACUCAAAUACGCAGCAGGCGGGAAGUGUCUCAGUAAGCUGCUGAAGGAGAAGGCCCGCCUCUUCACCCGGAACACAGAAGAGCAGGGUGCAGCUUUUGAGUAUGUCGUCUUCAUGAACAAGUCGGAAAAGCGCUGCGUCUGCAUCUUCCAAGCAGGCCAUCUUCUGGAGGGCCCUCCCGGGAAUGUCCAUGGCGGUGCUAUAGCCACCAUCAUCGAUACUUCGUUGGGUACCCUCGCUGGAUACCUCUCUGGAAUAGUCAUGACAGCCAACCUCAAUAUCAACUACUGCAGUCCCAUUCCCCUGGGCAGCGUGGUGCUGAUUGACUCUGUCCUCGAUAAGGUCGAGGGGAGAAAGACCUUUGUCUCUUGCCAAGUGACCAGUUCGGACGGUUCCAAGCUGCACACAGAGGCGACAGGCUUGUUUAUAUCCAUCAAUGUAGGACAUCUAUUUGGAGGGUAAUGGCACGACCUCAGGCGCAGCCACUACGCCACCAACAAGCAGCACAGCACACGCCACCUGAUUAAUGAUCUGCGACAUCUUCACAGCGUGUACGACCUGCUGAGCACUUUAUGAAUUUCCGCUGUGUUAUAUUUGCCCAUUUUUUUUUUUUAAAAGGGUUGCCACCAAGAACAAAAAUAGAAACGGCAAAGAGUGUUUAUCGCCGUAUUUAUUUGUGUUAAUUUAUUUUAAUUAUUUUAACUUUGGUGGAGACUCUGUCAGAGAAAUAUUUUAAUAACUAGCCCAAAAUAUGAAGUCUCUGCUGGCUCCAUCAAUAAAAUACACUUUGAUUCAAAGGGUUAUACUGACUCAGCCCUAGUUGCAUUGUUACAUGCUGGUAUUAUUUAAAAACAGUAUUUAAAUAAUAUUAACUAUAUAUGCAUUUUACUAUACAUUUUUUUGCCAUGUUCUUUUGAGUUGUUUAUAAUAUUUUUCUAAGUAGUGUUCUAACAUAGUAAUAUAGUUUUGCAGUAUGCAUCAUAAUUCCUACUUCCAAGAGAUUUGGAAAUACAUGGUUUUACUUUAAUAAGUCUGGUGUAUGUACUUCAUUCAUGAUAUAUUUUCAUGUUUGUGGAGUAGAAAUGUAAACUUAGUAGACGGUGUUGCACAAAAACACUCAAAUAACAAAUGUAAAAGUUUACCCAAGUGAUGCUUUGGGAAAAUGCAUCACAGGCUAGAUGUACUUAGAUGUAAUUCAUCUGUUUAUUUGCCUUUAUAUAGUAAUUACACAUCCAGUUUCACAUUGUUUUCCCAGUUUUCAUCUAUUCAAGACAGAUGCUAACUUACCUGUGAACUUAGCUAAGUUAACUUUCACUGAAGAUACUGUCCCUGUUUAUGGUGCAUGAUUUUACAGUGGUGAAUUUUACACACAUUGUACCUCACCCCCCAAAAGAUGGUGCUUUUGAGCUCUUCCUGAUUCCCAGACUUCAGAAUAUUCACCUUUAUGUUUUUUUGUCUUCUAACAUGAAAUAACAAAGAUGGAUGGAUUAGUUAAGGCACAGUGGUAACGCUCAAUACAUAUCAAAUACACUUUUGCACCUAUAACUUUGGACGGCUUUAAGGGGUGGGGUGACCAUAAUUGGCUGGUAGACGUGGUGGAGACUGCAACCCAUCGGCACUAAGUCUUGUGCCUGGGCAGUCUGCCAAAAAAGAAUGAAAGCAUCACCAGAUGCAGACAGCUUUAUCUGUUUGGGAUAAUAUUAUUCUUAUCAAGUGGAAACAAGACAUGUGCUCUUACAAAGACUGAGGGAAAAAUACGCAACUCAAACAGUGAAAUGCAAAGAUAGACAAAAGGGAUGAUGCUCACAAAGUAAAUGAAUGUGACUCCUUCAGCCCCUGUU